CCUUCUCACACUUUCUAGAUUCUUACUCCUUUCAAAAAUACCCGUUGGUUCUUCAACUCUCCGCCUCCUUCCCCUUCCUCCUCCCCCCGACUCUCUCUCUCUCGACCCAAAGAGCGAAGCCAGAUACAGUGUAAAAGAUUUGAGGAAGCAGUUAUCGAGAGCAAACCUAAGUAAUUGUAUUUUCGAAGUUAAACUGUCAAUGGAGACCAAUCCAAUAGCGCAGAGCAAGCCCCAAAUCGUGGACGUGGGUUCUGUGGUGGAGGCAAUUUCGGCCGAUGAUUUCGACGCCCCCCUCUACGAAGUCGAGAGCCUCUGCAUGCGCUGCCGGGAGAACGGGACAACUCGGUUCUUGCUAACUGUAAUUCCACAUUUCAGAAAGAUAUUGCUGUCAGCAUUUGAAUGUCCACAUUGUGGUGAGAGGAAUAAUUAUGUGCAAUUCGCUGGUGAAAUCCAGCCUAAAGGCUGCCACUACGUACUGGAUGUUCCAUCAGGUGAUAAAAAGAUGUUCAAUCGUCAAGUGGUAAAAUCAGAGACUGCCACAAUCAAGAUCCCUGAAUUGGAGUUUGAGAUUCCUCCAGAGGCUCAGUGUGGUUCUUUGUCAACGGUAGAAGGGAUUCUGGUCAGAGCUGUGGAGGGAUUGGAGACCCUUCAGGAAGAGCGGAAGAGAGUAGAUCCUCAGACGGCCGAAGCAAUAGAUAAGUUCUUGGUGAAACUGAGAGCUUGUGCAUCUGGCGAGUCACAUUUUACAUUCACCCUUGAUGAUCCUGCAGGAAACAGCUUUAUUGAGAAUCCGUGUGCUCCAUCUUCUGAUCCGUCAUUGACUAUCAAGUUCUAUGAGCAAACGCCUGAACAACAAGCAGCAUUAGGGUAUGUUGCAGACCCGUCACAAAGAGAAGUUGGGGUAGAAAACAACUUAGAUGGCUCAAACAAUGUUUCUCUAACACAGGAGGAACCACACGGCUCGGUUGGAGCAAGAGCUGGCCGCCGAGCUAUUGCACAGGGUAACAGUGCAGAAAUAGCAGAUGCUUUAUUUCGGUAUUCAGCUCCGGAAGAGGUCAUGACUUUUCCAACAACUUGUGGUGCUUGUGCCGCGAAUUGUGAGUGUCGCAUGUUUAUGACAAAUAUCCCUUACUUCCAGGAAGUGAUUGUUAUGGCUUCCACUUGUGAUGGCUGUGGUUAUCGUAACUCGGAGGUCAAGCCUGGUGGUGCUAUUCCCGAUAAAGGGAAAAAGAUAACUGUUCAUGUGAAGAAAAUCAGAGAUCUUAGUCGCGAUGUAAUAAAGUCGGAUACAGCCUCUGUAAAAAUACCAGAACUCGAGUUGGAACUGUCUAGUGGCACAUUAGGCGGACUUGUUACGACUGUUGAAGGCUUGAUAUCAAAGAUUGGUGAAAGCCUUGAGAGAGUACAUGGGUUCACUUUCGGCGAUAGUAUGGAUGAUGCCAAAAGGAGCAAGUGGAAAGAAUUCAGGGCAAAAAUAGAGCAGCUUAAAAGGUUGGAAGAACCUUGGACUUUGAUUCUUGAUGAUGCUCUGUCCAAUUCUUUCGUCGCCCCUGUAACCGAUGAAAUGAAGGAAGAUACCCAGUUAUCAUUCGAGGAAUAUGAGAGGUCGUGGGAGCAGAACGAGGAACUGGGUCUUAACGACAUGGAUACGUCUGCCAGUGAUGCUGCUUACGAUUCUGCAAAUGUUGAGCCAAAUGAGAAGAGUGAUGAUGCAUGAUUCUUCUUUCGUCUGACAUUGAUACGAUACAAAUUUUUGUUAUUUAUAGUGUUUUUUGUUUUUGUUUUUGUAACAUUAUAUUUUGUUGGUUCUAUUGGGUUUUGAUUUCUGAUAUUGCGCUUGUACACAUCGUCACGUUGUAAUAGUAAAGUUGAUCUGGACUGUUUUUAAGUAAUUUUCUUGUCUUUGAUCA